AUGAAGAGGGGUACUUUGAAGCUUCCCAGCGUCGCCGGUCGCCCCAAGAGAACAGGUGAUGAAUUUGCGAUGGAGUGCGAGAAAUGGGAGGAAGCAUCGGAUGAGGAUGAUGAUUAUCCGUACAAAGAGUGGGUCGCCAGCCUGGCAAGAAGAACGCUGCAACCUCCGAUCAGCAGCGCCAGGGACUUGGCGUCCAGAACUUGGUUGAUGGAAAAGGAGGAGGUGCAGAAGGCUCAAUGGCAGGAAAGCUUCCGAAAGGAAAAGCUUUUUCUGCCGGCAGUGACAAUGCCAGCAAUCACCGCACCACAGCGGCAGGGCAUGCAUCUGCUUGGUGCUAGCCAAAGGCUGAAGCAGAAGAAGGUGAUUGCCAGGCAUGGGGAUCAGAGAUGGCGCUUCGUGGGGAAGGCGAGAUGUGUGGAGGCUCAGGCGGUGAGCGCGACAGAGGGCGCGACUGAGACCGAUGAGUAUGUGCCAUCAGGCUGGGGCAAUUUGAAGGACUACGUGCACGGGGUCAAAAUUGGGCCCGGCAGUCUCUUCAGUCAUCCCUGGGACCGUCCCACGCCUUCGGGGAUUCAUCCGAACUCCCCACGGAAGAAGAUUGCCGCUCGCCACACCUGCUACUAA